CGCUGCGAAUAUCUCCCGCCUAUUUUCUUGUGCAUUGCAUUUACUUAAAGUUCAAUAAGUUUACGCUGUAUUUGAUCAUUUUAAUAAUAAUUGGGUGUAAUAAUACAUAACCUUAACAAAAUUAGCUUGUAAAUCAUGGAAAAUACUGAGAUUUAUAUACCCGAUGAAAUUAUGGGCAAACUCCAAAAUUUCCACAUUGCCAUGGAGAAGAUGGAAGAAACUUUGCAACCUCUACUGAAAACAAACAUUAAUUCUUCUGACAUAAAGCUAAGUCCUUUGGAUAGAGCUCGAUUAAACUUGGCUAGCGGAUAUGCUUUGAAUUCUUUAUUUUGGAUGUUUUUAAAUACCUUAGGAGUGAAUCCUAAAGAUCAUGGAAUCAGAGUUGAGCUGGAGCGAUAUAAAAGUUUCAUGCAAAGAAUAAAGGAAAUAACUGAUAAAGACAAAGCUCCUGUUUUAAACAAAGAUGCUGCUCAAAGAUUUGUUAGGAAUGCUUUGUGGGAACCAAAUGAACAGAAAGAAACUUCUGACUGUUCAUCUAAUCAAGCUUUAAAUGUUAAAGAAGACAAAAGAAAUUGUAGUUUUACAGACCAUGGGAAGAAAAAGAAAAGAAGACACUGAUACGUUACUGUAAAAAUAUGUAAAUAGUCAACUUUUUAAUAAAAUUUACUUUGAAGUAAA